AUGGUCUCUAUUAACUAUGAACCAUUGCAUCCAGAAAGACGUGGUGUAAGACAUGGCGGUUUGUCACAAGCUAAACUAUUCUUUUUACUUUGUACUAUAUGUGCUUUUGGACUUGUUCUGUAUUCCUAUUAUAAUGUCUCAAUAGAUUUAACUAUUAUGAAGGAAGUUUCAGAAGAAAAAAGUCGUAGUCUUCAAAGAACAAUAAGUCAAUUGGAGGAUCUUCAUAUUGAGGUUGAGAAAUAUAAAGUUGAAGUUGAUAAAUUAGGAAAAGAAAAAGAAAAACUUACUAAUGAUAUAAGAAUUUGUAAACUAUCAAUUGAUAAUGAAAGAAAAGUUUUGUUAGGAGAUGUUGCCAAAGACAAAGAUGAAAUGAAAACAUUAAUUAAUGAAGAAAAAGAAAAAAAUAACAUAUUAACUAAAGAAAUAGAAAGUUUAAAAAAAGAUAUUGAAGAGAAAGUUUGUAAUAAGAAGAGUAGUAACGAUAUUAAUGGAAAUAUUGUACCACCUGCUCCACCAUUACCAGUUAUUAAAAGUGUAAAGGAACCUUUACAAAUGGGUGAUAUUGAGGAUUCAUUGGGUGGAUUAGAUGGUAAAGAAAAACUUAACCCUGGUGGUGGUGAAGCUUUAGUUCCAAAAGAUAAUGGAGAUAUAAAUAUUCCUGAACCUAUUGGUAAUGAAGCUGCCCCAGGACCAGGAGUCGGUAUUCCUAAUCAAGAGAAUGAAGGUUUUAUUGCCAAUGAUAAUUUACCUGUUAAAGAUGUUUAA